AAGGCGUGCACGUCUCAAAGUGGACUCCAACUCGAAGUACAUAAAACAGCUGGGGCCGCUGAGCUUUUAGAAGUCUUCACCACAGGACCUUCGUGCAAAUCAGAACUACUCCUCACAACAGCAUCUGACAGUGAUGAAGCGGAGCCAUCUCUUCUCCUGGGCCAUUGUGCUUGUUGCCUCUGGCCGCCUGCUGGCCCAUCCCAUCACAGAAUCUGCUGAAAUACCCUAUUCAGUACCAGUGGAGGAUCGAGUUAUCGGCACGUUGGAUGACGACUCUCUUCCUGAGCAAACGUAUUCCAGUUUUUUAUCCGGGGAACUUACCAGAGAUGGUAUCAGGACGAGUCUGCUGCCAAGAGGUCUCAAAAGAGAGGUCUUACUGGACAAACAAAGUCUUUUGAAACCUUACAGCCAUCUGCUGAGCAUCCGGAAGCAGUUCAGGAAGAGAAAUGGAAAUUCUGAGUGUUUCUGGAAGUACUGUGUCUAGAAGCUAACAUAUAGCACCAUGCAUGCAUUACAGUUGACUUUCAGCUAUCACACUUACACUUUAAUUUAGCCAAUCUAAGCUUUUCAAUUAAUUUACUGGAGGAUUUACUUCUAAACUUUUAAACUGUACAUAUUAAAACAUAAUUUUAGAUGUAAAAAUCAAAUGUUAUAAAGAAUAAAAAAAAAAGUAAACAUGACUGUUUGUUGUUGUGUAACACUUUGGGAAAAUGACAAUAAAAGUGAAGGACGAAGCAAAAACGGAUAGGAAAAUAGGAUCUCAAGUUUUCUUCAUUUUUUCCUUUUUUUUAUUAUUUUACAGCAGAAAGAA